UAGCUUUGAUGACCAUUAGCCCUGCCCACUUAGUAAACAUGGCUAUCCUUUUAUCUGGAGGAGAUAGUUGUUUUCUAUUCACUAUAAUCCUCCUCUUUCUACCUCUUCCUUCUCAAGGAGCUCCAAAAGUAGGAGGGAGUCCCCAAUGUGCCCUGUAUGAGGGAUUCACCGACAGCAGGUGCUUGUCUAGCUUCAAUAUUGACUCCUCUCUAACUGAGAGUAAGACUGCUUGGGUGGUCGAGUUCUAUUCAAGCUGGUGCGGGCAUUGUCACCACUUUUCACCUACCUGGAAGAAAGUGGCGAGCAGGAUAAAAGGAUGGUCUAGCGUUGUGAGGAUGGGUCAAAUUGAUUGUACUCAUUCAGACAAUAGAGCGAUCUGUGGUCUGUAUCACAUCCAGGCCUUUCCAACGAUAAAACUAUUCAGUUCAAUGACCAAGAACCCACACUCGGAGGGUAUCAAGACAUUUCUAGGAAGAAGAUCAGAAGAGUCACUACUGGAGGCUAUCAUCAGACUUGUUGAGUCUGAAUCACUUGUUAAAUGUCUGAAGCCAUUAGAAACAAAACUACCAAGCACUGAUCCCAUCAAUGUUCUUGUCUUUGAAGAAAAGAAAUCACUCCUUGGUUCAGAGAUUAUCAUGGACUUUUUAUUGGAGAAUGUUAAAAUACGUCGUGUACUACCAGAUAAUACAGCUCUGUCUAGUCAGUACUCAAUACUUCAAUUGCCAUCACUUGUCAUACUACCAUAUUUACCUAACCAGCAACACCAUACCUUUAUACCAAAGAGAGAGGGAGACGAAGGCCAAGAUGAAGCCGUGGCUUCCGUGAGAGAGUUCUUUGAGGAGAAAAUUACGGAGGAAGUCUUGAAUAGAAGGAGAGGGAGUUUAAAAGAGAGGAAUAUUCCUAUUGAUAAAAAUGAAAAGCCAAUUGAAGCAAGUCUAACAGUUAAUAGGGUAACAAUGACCGACAUUUUAAGCACGAUAUCUUAUUGCUUGAGAUAUGAGGUUACUUUGAAGAAGAUCAUAAGUGGAGAAGACUUUUAUACACUGCAUCAGUUUAUAUAUCACCUGGAAAAGGUAUUGCAUUUGUUGUCUGGUGAAUCAAGUGAUCUUGACUCAAUAAAAGCUGAUCUAAAAUCACUAUACACUAAACUAUCAGCCAAAUAUAGCACUGGGUUCAUGUCCUCGACCGACUGGCAAAUACUAAUACGACAAAAAUUACACAAUAAUACCCUCCCACUCGAGCCGGAGUGGAAGGCGUGUCGUGGAAGUAGAAGUGAGUUUAGGGGGUUUCCCUGUGGACUAUGGACACUCCUUCACACAGCAACUGUUGUGAGUUUAGACUUGAGAGAAGGAGAGAAAGGAAGAGUAGUCCACCAUAGAAUACAAGAAAAUUUAAAGAGACAGCCUAAAAAUAGUAACGAUAAUGACAACAACAAAGAAAAUACAAACAAUAACAAUAGUGACAACAAUAAAGGAGGAGGAGCUGCUGUAGUUAAUGAUGUUAUUAGUUUCGAUGGCUCGGUUGCUAGUAGCAGAGAAGUUCUCUACUCAUUCUCUUAUUUCAUUACAAACUUCUUCUCGUGUCAAUAUUGCCGGGAACAUUUCUAUGCAAGAUUCAAGUCAGACCUCCUAUCAUUUCCGCUUAGUUACGAUGGUGAUGCUGUUAUGUGGGCGUGGGCUAUACACAAUGAUGUUAAUUGGCGUCUCCGAGGUGAUGACGUAGUGACCGACCCCGCCCACCCCAAGUCCUUAUUUCCCUCGUACGAAAUAUGUCCUUAUUGCUACAAGAAACUCAAACAAAGUGAUGCUCUGCCCACAUGGGAUAACAUCGCACCUCCUGUUUUAGAAGGGAUAGCAAAAGGGCGGAGUCCAGAUGUGGAAACUCCCCCUUCUCCCUCUCAGGUUAUUUACGAGUGGAACCAAACGGCCGUUUUUAUCUACCUGUGUCAUUUCUAUGGGCGCGGAAAAUUUGACCACACCCCUCACCACGUCUUGGUGAGGGCAGGAUGGCCUAGGAAGUACCCAACAUACGCUAGCGAUCAUUAUGGGUCACACCUACACGGGGCCACGCCUCUUUCCAGUCUGACCCUGUUAGUGUAUCUACUGGUUGCAGCUGUGCUGUUAGCAUACAUGUUGAAUUUUAAAUUGAAACGGACACGAUUCAAAGCGCAGUAGAUUUUAUUUAUUAUUAUUAAUAUUAUUUUCAUGUUCUGUAAAUCUCUUUAUUAUUAAAAUAAUUUUUUAAAUGAGUAGUGUCAUCCUAUUAUUCCAGCUGCACUAUAUCCCUCACUUUUUUGUCAUCUAAAUGAAAACACUA